AUGGAUAACUUAGAAGCCUACUUCCCCUUCUUUCUUGUAUGCCUCAUCUCCACCAUCUUGGUAUGGGUGUUUUUGAAACCUACUCGUCCUAAGUCUCAUAUUCCGCCAACCCCAUUUGCGCUUCCAAUCAUUGGACAUCUCCACCUUCUUUCUCCAAUCCCACAUCAAGCUUUUUACAAGCUUUCAUCUCGAUAUGGGCCCAUCUUUCGUGUCUUUUUGGGGUCUAAACCUUGUUUUGUUGUUUGUUCACCAGAAAUAGCGAAAGAAAUCCUUAAAACAAACGAAAAUGUGUUUGUAGAUAGAGCCACAAACUCAACUGCGGAUUACAUAGGUUAUGGAUCAAAAGGCUUGGUGUUUAGUCCUUAUGGACCCUAUUGGAAGUUCAUGAAAAAGUUAGUUAUGUCAAAACUUCUAAAUGGACAAACACUUGACAUGCUUAGUUCAGUUAGGCACCAGGAGAUCAAUGGCUUUAUAAGUUCAAUAUCAAAAAGUGCCAAAGUUGGGGAAGCAAUGGAUCUUGGUAACGAGAUGAUGAAGUUGACUAACAAUGUGAUCUCGAUAAUGCUUAUGGGUGAAAGAUGUACAGACAUGGAAGAGGGCGCAGACAAUGUGAUGAAAUUGGUGGCUGAUUUAGUUCAAGCAGCAGGUAACUUUAACCUUUCAGAUUACAUAUGGUUGUUCGAGAGUCUAGACUUGCAGGGACUUGGGAAAAAGGUGAAGAAGCUUCGAGCAAGAUUUGAUGUAAUGAUAGAAAGGAUCAUAACCGAGCAUGAAGAGGCAAGAAAGCAUGGUGGAGAAAUGAAAGACUUGCUUCAUAUUUUACUCGAUAUACAACAAGAUGAGAGCAUGGAGAUAAAGCUAAGCAGAGAAAACAUCAAAGCCUUCAUCCUGGAUAUAUUUGCUGCUGCGACAGACACAACAGCCAGUACCAUAGAAUGGGGUUUAUCGGAACUAAUCAAUCAUCCAAAUAUCAUGAAAAAAGCACGUGAAGAAAUCCAUCAAGCUGUUGGUGAAAACAGACUUUUGCAAGAGUCGGACAUACCAAAUCUUCCUUACCUCCAAGCAAUUGUGAAGGAAACAUUACGUCUACAUCCCGGUGCUCCAGUGAUCGCGAGACAAUCAACAGAAGAUUCCACGGUAGUUGGUUACCAUAUUCCAGCAAAAACACAUAUCUUUAUUAAUGUGUGGGCCCUUGGUAGAGACCCAAACCAUUGGGAAAACCCACAUGAAUUCCGGCCUGAAAGAUUCCAAGAAAAAGAGAAUGAGUUAGAUGUGAGAGGGCAACACUUUCACAUGUUACCAUUUGGUAGCGGGAGGAGGAUGUGUCCCGGGAUAUCACUAGCAAAGUUUAUGGUACACACAACACUUGGCACAAUGAUUCAAUGCUUCGACUGGAAGGCUGGGAAAGAUGGAAAUCUACCAAGAGUUGAUAUGAAAGAGGGAUUUGGGCUCACGCUUACUAGAGCUAACCAUUUGGUAUGUGUCCCGGUGGCUCGUGUUGAUCCUAUUCCCUUCUCAAUGUAA